AUGGCAACAAUGAGAUGUUUGUUGGCUUUAGCUGCUAGUAAAGGCUGGGUUUUGUAUCAACUGGACAUUAAUAAUGCAUUUCUGCAUGGGAAACUAGUAGAAGAAGUUUACAUGAGAAUGCCAAAAGGGAUCCCUAAUCCUAAUAACUUGGUAUGCAAGUUAAAAAGGUCUCUCUAUGGCCUGAAAAGGGCAUCAAGACAGUGGUUUGCAAGGCUCAAUGAAGAAUUGCAUAAACAGGGUUUUAUUCAGGCUAAAAAUGACCCGUCUUUGUUCAUUUACCAGACUUCAACAGCUUUCAUCAUAGCUGCAGUCUAUGUAGAUGAUAUUAUUCUCACAGGCACAGAUCUUGGAGUAAUUACAACCUUGAAGAAUCAUUUGCAUAAGGUUUUUAGCAUCAAGGAUCUUGGAGAACUGCAUUACUUUCUGGGUAUUGAAGUGUCACAUAAAAAGCAGAGUAUAAUUCUCACUCAGAAAAAGUUCUCAAAGGAACUUCUCCAGCUCACUUCUGAUCAUGGUGAUCAUUUCCAUGAUCCUGUGUUGUACAAGAGUCUUGUUGGGAAAUUAAAUUUCUUAACCCAUACCAGGCCUGACCUAUCUUAUGCAGUGCAAACUCUCAGUCAGUUUAUGAGCCAGCAAAGAAUCCCUCAUGUACAAGCACUGCAUCAUGUGCUCAGAUAUAUUGCAGGGACAAUUGGUCAAGGAAUUCUUCUGCAAGCUAAUUCUCAACUUUGUUUAAAAGCUUAUUCAGACUCAGAUUGGGCUUCCUGUUCUGAAAGCAGAAAGUCUGUCACAGGAUAUGUGAUGCUUUUAGGCAAUUCACUUGUCACCUAG